AAUUUUUCUGCGCGGUCAUGUCAGAUGGAUACGAAUUGGAUUUGAGGAUACGACUCCGCUGAAAGGCUCAGUUGUUGAAUCAGAGGAUUGUUGGAAAAUAUUUAUUUUGGAUGACUGGAUACCCCAUGUUUCGCCACCUCUCAGGGUAGUUCAUGUCUCACGAUGAAUCCGAAUAUAUUCAAACCUUGUCCAGAACGUGAAGUUAUUCCUCCUACUAAACCGAACAGGACUAAAUCAGAACAAAUCAAACCAGAACUCGCCCAGGUGGUGACAGAUUCCAAGACAGGAAAAUCUUACAGCAAAGGAAAGCUUCUGGGAAAGGGUGGCUUUGCACGAUGCUAUGAAAUGACAGACCUUUCUAACAAGAAAAUGUAUGCUGUAAAGGUGAUACCACAGAGCAGGGUGUCAAAACCUCAUCAGAGAGAUAAGAUAACAAAUGAAAUCGAGCUUCACAAAACCCUUCAUCACAAGCAUGUGGUCAAGUUCUCCCAUCAUUUUGAAGACCAAGACAACAUCUACAUUUUCCUUGAACUCUGCAGUAGAAAGUCCCUGGCACACAUUUGGAAAGCAAGACACACGCUGACAGACCCAGAAGUACGGUACUACCUCCGGCAAAUCAUAUCUGGGCUGAAGUACCUUCACAAUAGGGGCAUCCUUCACAGGGAUCUCAAAUUAGGGAAUUUCUUUGUGAAUGAGAACAUGGAGUUGCGGUUAGGGGACUUCGGGCUGGCAGCAAAGUUGGAAACAGUUGAGCAGAGGAAGAAAACUAUAUGUGGAACACCUAACUACCUUGCCCCCGAGGUGUUGAACAGGCAGGGCCAUGGAACAGAGUCUGACAUCUGGUCACUAGGUUGUGUAAUGUACACGCUGAUGUGCGGGAACCCUCCCUUUGAAACCCUUGAUCUGAAGGAGACAUACAAGUGUAUCAAGGAAGUGAAAUACAACCUGCCCUCGACCCUGUCUCCUGCUGCUCAGAAGCUCAUCUCUAGCAUUCUGCAGAAGAACCCCAGCGACCGCCUCACACUGGACCAAAUCCUCAACCACCAAUUCUUCACAAAAGCUUUCACCCCAGACAAGCUGCCUCCCAGUAGCUGUGUGACAGUGCCAGAGCUCAACCUGCCCAGCCCUGCCAAGAAGUUUUUCACCAAGAUGGCCAAGAGUCUUUUUGGCAAGAGAAAAUCCAAAGUGGAUAACAGCCAUUGUGAAGAGCGGGAGAGCAUCUCCAAGCUUGUGUCUGGCAUCGUCAAAUGCUCCAUUAGUCGCCAGAUAAGCUAUAAAACAGUUGGCGCCAAUGAGCCUCCCACUCCCACAGUAGGCCAGCAAGUCAGCUCUGGUCCGCUGGAUACUCCAGCUGAGGAAGAGUCCAGGAAGUCCGCAGCAUCAGGCUCCUUUAAAGGCACGGUGGCCAGCAGCACAGAACCGUGUGAAGACGGUGUUACCCCUGCUGCUAUCGCUGAGUCAGCCAUGAAGGUCCUCAACAGCUGUUUGUCUGCCAUGCCUGCAGCUACAAGAAAUCCACCUUCUCCGUCCAGACCCAAAUCCUUUAUCUGGGUCACAAAAUGGGUUGAUUAUUCAAAUAAAUAUGGCUUUGGCUACCAGCUCUCAAAUCAAGACAUUGGUGUGCUCUUCAACGAAGGGACACACUUGAGUCUGUGUGAUCAGCGCAAGACUGUGCACUACUGCAUGACCAACAACAAACACUUCACCUUCCAGGCCAGUGCUUUACCAGAGCAGCUUUGCAGCCAGAAGCAGAUUGUGGAGCUUAUGGCCAACUACAUGGAACAGAACCUCAUGGAGGGUGGAGACCUCCACUGUGAAGACCAGCCUCCCUCCCAGCCACCACUCCUUCUGCAGUGGGUGAAGACCGACCAUGCUCUGGUGAUGCUCUUCAGCAACAGUACCCUGCAGGUGAAUUUCUACACUGACCACACCAAGAUCAUCCUGUGCAAGUCCUCUGACUCCUACCUACUGACCUACAUCAGCCGAGAGCGCGUCUCCAACACCUACCUCCUGAGCAUGCUGUCAGAGAUGGGCUGUUCUGCUGAGCUGCGGCACCGCAUGCGUUACGUGGUCCAGCUGCUCGAACACCAUGCGGACUCAUAAUGGACCCCUGCCUCACAGCUCCAGAGUAAGGUGAAGUUUCCCCUAAAUGCUGAUCUAGGGUCAGUUUUGAAUUCCCUCAUGAUGGUGAAGGUUAGAAUUGGGGGAGGUGAAGCUGAUCCUGGAUCUGUACUGAGGGAGAACUUCACCCCAGUGCCAUAACGCCUGGCUCUGUCCACAAGCCUCAGCCAAUCAACCCGCUGCUUUCUGCUUCCACUGGGAGUAAAUAACAGGAGGCUCUGUUAAUUCAGGGAGUCCCCCAUCUCUGGCUAGUGUCUGGCCUCUUUGGACUAUGGUGCACAUCUAUCUUUUUCAGUUAUUCUUUUAGAAUGAAGCCUGACAACAGUAACACACUACUGGCUUGAUUCACUUCAUGCGCACAAAAAACCUGACCCUGUUCUCUGAGUAGAUACUCAGACCUGAUUCUGAAAAUGGCAGGCUGGGAUCACAAGCUGCCUAGUGACCACCCCCAUUAUGGUUGAAAAGCUGUGUGAAAUGGGGCUCCUGCUUUUCAUGCUUUGACUUCACUUGCCUUUAUGAUAAUUGAACUUCACUAAUUGGUACACAAUGGCAUAAGGAGGGCAAUGAGUGUGACAGUAUUUGCACAAUCUCUUAUUAUAUUUCUUUGGAUUGGCAGUCACUUUACCACAAGUUGCUGAAUUUUUGUUCAGUUUUUAGCUAUAGAUACCAAAAGGUAAUUAUUUUAACCUUAACUGGUUAAUGUGCAACUUAUGUCAGCAUUGCCCAAAAAAUAUUUUUGGCAUGUUCUGGUAAUUCUCACAUCAACUUUAUUGGGCAGAAGUAUGUUUGACAUGUUUUUACAUUUGUAUGAAAAGUUUCACAAAAAAUAAGUGGCCUUUUUAGACCUAUACAUGCCUCUCGUAAGACUCUAUCAUCUGUGAAAUGUACAUGAUACAGACAAUGUCUUCGUUUCAUUAUUCUCCUUAUAGUGUGCUCUAAAAUACAUAUCUCUAUAGUUUCUGGAAAAAUAUAACUUAAUAUGUGACAUUUAGCAUUAUCUCAAAGUACCUGUUUUGAUUUGGCUUAUUUUUAGACAUUGUUUGGAAACAAAUACUCUUCAAACAAAUCGCAUUUCCAGUGGGCUGUUGCACUUUUGGAAAUUGCAUAGGUCAUUAUACCAAUCACAGCCCUCCUUUUAGGAUUGCACAUUCAGCAAAUCACCAUUCACUGUUUUGGUGGUGCUCAUAAAAUUGAUAACUUCAGAAUUACUAGACCACACUCUGGAAAUUUGAUGUACUUGUAUGUGGUGUUUUGUUCCAAACAUGGUAUUAAAAUUAGCAAAAUCAAAAAGGGUGCUUUGAGAGAUUCAUACUAAUAUUUUUAAUGUAAAAAUGUGUUUCAAAAUCUAGACAUGUUAGAGCACACUAAGGAGUAUAACGACACCAAGAUGUCUAUCAUGUACGGAUCAUUAGGUCUUACAGGAGGCAUGUGUAUAGGUCUACAAAUGGCCACUUUCAUCAGGAUUUUCUGAAGUUGCAAAUGUGAAACAUGCUUUCGCCCAAUGAGAUCUCUGAGAAGUGCCAGAAUCUGAGAUCAAAAAUAUUUUUUGUCUUAUGUUGCCGUGGAAUCGCCCUAAUAUAUAGUUGUGUGUUCAGGAGUGAAUAUGUGCACUCCAGUUGACAUUGGCUUUGCUAAAUUGCAUUGCUGUUUGGCAAAGGGGAUAAAGUGCCUUUUUGAGAAUUCUGUAUUGUGCAAUAACAGCCCUUUUGAAUGUCAGGUUGUGGUGUCAUGGGAAAUGGGCUAUGGAGGCAAAUACUUUUUUACAUGGAAUUGGGUAACUUAAAAUGAAGCACUAGUCUCACUACCUGGUAUAAGCUUUUGGUAAAAUGGUAUGAUAACCCUGUAUCAAUAUGUAAAAUUGUGUUUCGUCAUACUGUACUCAUCCCUCUUUGGUUUACCUUGCCGGCCGUCUCUGCCAAGAGUUGUAUCCUUAAACUGUGACCCCCUGAGUGCAAGUAUUAUACAACUUCUGGGUAUUGUCUUUUCAAAAAUACAACAUUGUGAAAGCAUCUGCUUUUUCAGAAGAACCUUUAUUUUUGACCAAUGUUGUCUAUUUAUUUUAUUUAUUGUGUAAUUCUAUGGUCUUGACAUGUGAUAUGAUCACUAUGUACUGUAUUUGGGCGAAUGGAGGAAAAUAAAGUUUAUGGUAAUCACAUUAA